AUGACAUCCGUCGGACAUCGCCUUGCCUCUCUGUCCUCGCAUUUCUCGGGGAAUAGUGAAUCUCAGAUGAAGAUUGUCGUUUGCCGCGAUCUGGGUCCUGAUGUUAUGCCUUUGCUCCGUUCAAGAUCUGAGCUCGAGAUCGUAGUGUGGCCGCAUGAUCGGCCUUCCGAAAGGAAAUGGCUCCUAGAAAAUAUCAACGGUGCUACAGGGCUUAUAGUCGUCUUUGGUGAAGCCGUGACCCCUGAAUUACUGGAAGCAGCCGGGCCAAACUUGCGAGUUGUCUCCACUAUGUCCGUAGGAUAUGAGCACAUUGAUCUCACCGCUGUGGCUGCUCGUGGAAUUAAAGUGGGCUAUACUCCAGACGUUCUCACCGACGCAGUGGCCGAUCUGUCAAUUAUGCUGGCUCUCAUGGCUAGCCGAAAUGCAGGCGAGACGAUGUCUUUAGUGCAAAGCGGCCACUGGCCAUUGCAUAGUUGGUCUCCGUUUGGAUUCUGCGGGCCACAGCUAAGCUCGGACGGCACUACUAAGCCUCGAACAAUCGGGUUUCUUGGAUUUGGACGCAUCGCGCAAGCUACGCUUGCUCGACUUAUCCCAUUCGGCGUAAAACGUGUAAUAUACACCGGCUCUCCAUCAUCCCCUCCGACUCUUGAACGCGAUCAAGCUCUUGCCAAAGAAUACAAACUAGAUUCCCUCUUACGCGUAGACAUUGCCGAACUAGCCACGGAAAGCGACGUCCUCUUUGUCCUUGCUCCCGGUGGGCCGAAGACGAGACACAUUGUCAACGAAGAAGUUCUACGAAAGAUGAAGAAGACCGCGAUCCUCGUAAAUGCCAGCAGGGGGACCUUGGUAGAUAGCGAUGCGCUUGCUAAGGCUCUUAGAGAGAAAUGGAUCUGGGGGGCAGGGAUUGACGUCGUUGAGGGCGAGCCACAAGUAGGGAUUGAUCACUGUCUGGUGAAGGAGCCUCGGUGUGUGGUGCUGCCUCACAUUGGGAGUGCGACGCUGGAAACUCGGUUGGCUAUGGCGACGCUUGCAGCGAAGAACGUAUUGGCAGGCGUGUUCGGAGAGCCGCUGCCCUCGGAACUGAAUUUGAAGGGUUGA